AUGAGUAGAAGAAGAGUACAUGAUGAUGAUGAUGGAUAUGAACGUGUAUACAAGAAGCGCAGACGUGUGUCAGAAAAUCAAGAGAUUGAAGACCGGUUGGAGUCUCUUAUACUACGAGUUGGAGAAAAAUCAACGUCCUCAUUGGAAAGUAAUUUGGAGGGAUUGGCCUCUGUUCUUGAAGCUGAUCUUGGUGUAUUUCGGAGCAAGAUUCUCAGAAUCCUAACAGACUGUGCAAUUAAAAUGCCUGAGAAAUGUACAAUUUAUACAACAUUGGUUGGAUUACUUAAUGCAAAAAAUUUCAACUUCGGUGGCGAAUUUGUUGAUUAUAUGGUGAAGAAUUUUAAGGAUUCACUGAAAGCUUGUAAAUGGGAUGCUGCCAGAUAUUCUCUUAGAUUUCUUGCUGACUUAGUCAACUGCCAUGUGCUGUCAUGUGGUUCGUUAAUGCAAUUAUUUGACAAUAUGCUGGAUGCUGCUAACGAAGACAGUGUCCCACAAGUGAGACGUGAUUGGUAUGUUUUUGCUGUACUAUCAACCUUGCCAUGGGUUGGCAGAGAACUGUAUGAGAAGAAGGAACAGGAAUUGGAACAUUUAAUGGUGACAAUUGAAAUAUUUUUAAAUAAACGCAGCAAGAAACAUCAGCCUGCUCUCAGAGUAUGGUCAAGCGACACUCCGCACCCUCAAGAAGAAUAUUUGGAUUGUCUUUGGGCUCAAGUUCGUAAGCUUAGGCAAGAUAACUGGGCAGAGAAGCACAUUCCACGGCCUUAUCUAGCCUUUGAUUCUAUUCUUUGUGAAGCCUUGCAGCAUAACUUACCAGCCUUAGUGCCUCCACCACAUCAUGAGUCCUAUCUUUACCCCUUACCUACGGUUGUCUUCCGCAUGUUUGAUUACACAGAUUGUCCAGCAGAGGGACCAUUGCUGCCUGGCAGUCAUGCAAUUGAAAGAUUUCUCAUUGAGGAGCAUCUGAGGCAAAUUAUUGAUAAUCAUUACUUUGAAAGAAAAGAUUGUGCGGCACACUUGCUAAAUUUUCCUUACAAAGCUAAAAUUCCAUUAGACUAUUGUAUCGUUGAAGUGAUGUUUGGUGAGUUAUUUAGACUUCCAUCACCAAAACAUUUGGAAAUUUCUUAUGGAUCAAUUCUCAUUGAAUUAUGCAAACUACAACCUUCAACAAUGCCACAGGUACUCGCACAAGCUACGGAAAUUCUUUUUCGACGAAUAGAUAGUAUGGCUGCUGCGGCUUUUGAUCGAUUCGUUUGGUGGUUUGCCUAUCACUUAAGUAAUUUCCAAUUUCGUUGGUCCUGGGAAGACUGGGACUCAUGUUUACAAAGAGAUGCUGAACAUCCUCGACCAAAAUUCAUUCGUGAAGUUCUACUGAAAGCUCUUCGAUUAUCAUAUUAUCAAAGAAUUCGUGACAUGAUGCCAGAGACUUAUGCUGAAUUAAUUCCUUUGACUCCAGAACCUAUUUACAAGUAUACUUCUGAAGGAGCGAGCUCCCUUCCUGGCACCGCUGCUGCUCAUGAGUUGGUCGUAUCGAUAAGGCGUAAGUGCACUCCGGAGGAAGUUCUCAAUGUCCUGAAUACAUUACCGGGACCUGGCGAGAACGAGGAAUCAAAUACCUUCAAUCCUCUGAAGAUUGAUGUCUUCGUACAAACUUUACUGAAUCUUGGCUCGAAAAGUUUUAGCCAUAGCUUCGCAGCUAUAAGUAAAUUUCAUUAUGUCUUCAAGGUUCUCGCAGAGACAGAAGAAGCGCAAAUAUGUAUAUUAAGAAAUAUGUAUGCGUUAUGGAAAAAUCAUUAUCAAAUGAUGGUCGUUCUCACUGAUAAACUUCUUAAAACGGGUAUCAUUGAAUGCAGUGCUAUUGCUAAUUGGAUAUUCUCACGCGAGAUGGCAUCAGAAUUUACAAAAUUGUACAUAUGGGAAAUAUUGCAUCUCACUAUUCGUAAGAAAAAUAAACAUGUAAUAAAAUUAAAUACGGAGCUACUCGAAGCCAGGGAGAAAUUAAGGAGAGCUGAGAGUAGGUCAGGAUCAUCUUCGGAGGACGAAGAUGCUAAUAAGGAGAAAGGUGGUGAAAGACCGUCGGAGGACGUUGUAGAAAGAAUGGAAGAGAAAUUGGAAGCAGCACAAGCCGAUCAGAAAAAUUUAUUCCUCAUUAUAUUCCAGCGAUUUAUAAUGAUACUCUCGGAACACUUAGUGAGAUGUGACACGGACGGGAUCGACUACAAUACUCACUGGUAUCGCUGGACAAUCGGAAGGCUGCAGCAAGUUUUUCUGUCGCAUCAUGAACAAGUACAAAAGUACUCGUCGACUUUGGAGACGCUUCUUUUUACACCGGAUUUGGAUCCACACAUUCUGGACAUUUUUCAUCAAUUCGUAUCUCUGCGGGCGUAAGUUAUCCGUAAUAUUUAAUGACGAUAUUAAAGAUCCAAAGCAUUCUUCUAUCGACGAAAUGGAAAAGUUUAUGAAUUUCUGUUUUAUAUAUUGAUUGUGACUUGUUCCUGACAUAACAAUUGCGAAGUUGCAGAAAUACUGCGGUAUAAAAUAAUUUUUCAUUUCAUUUCGCAAAUUCACAGUCGGUCACUGUCACGUUCAAUUCUUAUGACUCUUUUUCUUCUCUAUCUUUAACAUGUAAUGAUGGUGCCGAUAUUUUUCUCGACGCCCUAUACAAUAUAGUAAUUAAACAUACGAGAUCGAUAUGAAAUCACUUUGUAUUAUUGUCAUUAUCUAAUAUUAGAUACGUUAUUAUAUUAUAUUGUAGUCGUACAAAACCGAACUAUGUGGCAUAUGUCGUAUUUUGAUGUAACAGGGAUUCUUCUUUAUUAAUUUAAGCAUCGGGAUCAUUGAAAAUUUUGGUGCUGGCGUGUUCGUCAUAAUAGCUUUACGUCUUAUCCCUUAACAAUAGGAGAAAAUAAAUUAUGUCCUAUGUACGAUAGAU